AUGCCCAACAAUGAUAACCGAUUUGCCAUUUUGGCCGAUGAUUUAGACGAUCUGCCAAAUUCUGACAAAGACAUUAUGAAGACCCCUAAGCCGCCUCCAAUCUACAUCAGAGAACAAAGUUCCAGCGCCCUCGUAAACAAAAUAAUGGAGCUUAUUGGGCAAGACAGUUUCCACAUAAUUCCCCUGACCAAGGGCAACAUCCAUGAAACAAAAGUGCAAGUCAAAACGGAAUUUCGAGGCUAUGCUUCUGAACAAUUGCUUGAGGUAAUUCGUGUUUUUGAGGCACCCAUUUCGGCUGGAAGAGAUAAUGAAGUGAUUGCGACAUUUUACGUUAUAAAAAAUGGUCGACAAUCAUUAUUGGGGCGAGACACAGCUAUAAAACUCAAUGUCCUUCGCUUGGGUUUGAAUGUCAACCACAUUGAAGAGCCUACACCGUUCCCGAAGUGGAAAGGCGUCAAAGUAAAGCUGUGCAUAGAUCCCGAGAUUAGACCAGUGCAACAGCCGGUAAGAAGAAUUCCGGUAGCUUUAGAGGAGAAAGUUCAUGCUAAGCCGGAGGAAGCCCUUAAACGUGACAUAAUCGAACCAGUUAUGGGUCCAAGUUCAUGGAUCUCUCCCAUCGUACUGGCAUUUAAAGAGAAUGGAGACAUUCGGAUAUGCUUAAAAGACGCAAAGUUCUUCUCCCGCCUUGAUCUUAAUGAUGCCUAUCACCAAUUGGAAUUGGAAGAGUCUAGUAGGGGGAUUACUACGUUUAUAACUUUAAAGGGGCUCUUCCGAUAUCAACGAUUGAUGUUUGGGGUGAAUUCAGCUCCUGAGAUUUUUCAGCGCCGGCUGGAACAACUGUUAGCUGCAUUUCCGAAUGCCAUGAAUUACAUCGAUGACGUGAUAAUUUUUGGUGCCAAUGAACACGAACAUGACGAAACAAACCGCACCCGCUUAAUAGCGGACGCAAGUCCUGUAGCUCUUGGAUCGGUCCUUCUGCAGUUUGAUGGUAAAGGCGAUCCGUUGAUUAUAUCAUUUGCCAGCAAAGCCCUGUCUGAGGUUGAAAGGCGCUACUCUCAAACGGAGAAAGAGAGUUUAGCACUUGUCUGGGCAGUAGAGAAAUUCUACUAUUACCUAGCUGGUCUACACUUCGAGCUGGUAACAGAUCAUAAGCCCUUAGAGGCUAUCUUCAAACCGACAUCGAAGCCCCCGGCUCGUAUUGAGAGAUGUCCAACUACCAACAGAAUGGAGUACAGCAUCCUGCGGGUAGUGGAAAGCGCUAUUCCCAAGUCAAUGACCAUCUCCGAGAUCGCUGAAUCGUCAUUGCGAGACGAAGAAGUUGUCGAUGCAAUACACAGUCUAGAGAAUAACUCUUGGGAACGAGAAAAAUCAACAAAAUUACAUCCAUUUCGAUUUGAACUGUCGACCAUAGGACCUCUCCUGCUAAGAGGAAACCGCAUUGUGAUCCCAACAAACCUUCGCAAACGGGUACUUGAAUUGGCACAUGAAGGACACCCAGGAGAAUCAGCUAUGAAACGCCGCCUAAGAUCCAAGGUAUGGUGGCCGUUGAUCGACAGAGAUGCGGAAGAAUUUGUUAAAAAAAUUGCAGAGACUGCCUCCUGGUAUCCCAGUCAAUAA